AUGGAAGCCUUGGUCUGUGUGUUCUCUCAGCUGCGCAUAAGAGAAGAUGCAGUGAGCUGGGUCUGAGGACGCACCAGUCACCCCGACACGCCACCCAAUAUCUACGACGGGGGGCUGGGGGCCCAGCAGCAGCAGUGUCCCAGUGCCCAGGGAAGCAAGCCCAAGAACUUCCGGUUGCACUACCUCCGGGGCCUGGCUCUCUACCUGCCAGGCCUCAUGCAGCCUGCCGGCCAGUGUGAGAGCCAUUGGCUGAGCCAGCUCAUGGCCGGGGGCUGCCUCCCACAACCCGAGGGCACAGUCUGGCCCCUGGACUUAAAACAGGGGGCUCUGGGCUCAGGUAACAGUCACCACUCAGCCCUUCUGGAAGCUCGACAGCCUGGGAAUCCUCUCCCCCCGCUUUCCUCAGCUUCCAGUUCCAGCAUGGACCCAGCCAAGGGUGCCCCCUCCCAGCCCGGUCCCCGUGAAGGCUUGGGGCUCAGGCCUAAGAGAUCCUGGGGGGCCUCAGAGGAAUCCACAUGUCCCUCGUGCAAGAGAACUCGCUCUGGGGCUCUGGAGAGGCCAUAG